AUGGCUUCACGAACAAGACCUCGAGCACAUAGUGAAACGGGAACGGUGCAACAUGAUUAUGGACAACUCGUAUCUGAAGCCUUUCAACGAUAUCAGCUACCCAGCAACCUAGGUCAUGAAGUAGCAGGAUGGCCAGCAGAAGAAGGUGUCACUCGACGCAUCCAAUCUCGUUUCCUUGGCUUAUCUUCACUCAAGCUCACUCAUUGUACACUACCAAGCAUGGCCUUUUAUGAGAUCACCGAGUCGGAAAUUUCAGUGAUUGCAUCUCGACAACAACAUCAACAUCAGCGACAACAUGAUUUGGGUGAAGAAGAUGAUAAGGUGUCAUUGUCUACUACGAGUGCUUCAUCUCCCGAGUGUGUGGAUGCUUUAUUAUCACUGGCCCAAUCGAGUCCGCCGCCGCCGCCUCCGUUAGGAGAUGCCAUGAUCUUGGCUGAUAAUCCAUCAUCAACAUCAUCAUCCACCACUCGUUCCUUACCGCCAAAGAAAAGAAAACGCCGUCGUGUCAUCAGCUACAAUGUCGUCUUUUGUAUUCCUUCAACGAUAAAUGAGGAUCUUCUCACCCUUCCUAACCCCGAUCAAGAGUAUUUCAUAUUUCCUCGGGAUGCUGUGGUCGAAGCUGUCAAUCAAACAUCGACACCUUUGGAGGUCAUGUUUUCAUAUCAUCUUCCUCAAUGUACCAUUGAACCGACAACAUCAUCCUUGAUCCAUUCUUCUUCCUUGUUGCAUUCCAUGUGUUCAUGCCGAUCAUCCACCUAUCCAUCUAAACUGGAGGAAUUCGCAACUGUAUGUUCAGAUCACCUUGCGUCUACCAACCAUAGCAACACUUUUCUGCGCUCGCAACGACGUUUCACCGAUCCAUGUAUCCAAGCUGAAAGUUGUCAUGUCCUCAACAUGCGGAUGACGGGUGUAUCCAAGGAUUUAUAUGAUGCCAUGAAACAAGUGGUUUCUAAUUUCGAAUCUGUAUGUCAACGCAUGAUGGAUUUGAUACGAUUGCAUACCGAAAGGAUGAACAAUGAAAAGGCGGUUGAUUUGAAGCAAGAGGAUCAAGACAUGACCGAAGAAGAAGCUACGAUUACAACCAUGUUGACCAAGACCCAAGUCCAAUCCGAAGAAGAGGAAGAGGUGGAUCCAAUGCUCUAUGAUAGCACAGCUGCUGUUGCUACGGGAGGCGGUCAUUGGAGCAGUGAUGAAUGGGACAAGGAUUUGGAUGAUGACCAAGAUGAUACUGAUUACUGCAUGACAUCACCCCACAGCAAGUCAACGAUUGCAAGUACAAGUAGUCAUUAUACAGCAGCAGCAGCAGCUCCUCCUGCUCAACCCCCACCACCACCACCUGUUACGACGACGACGACAACGAGUAAUACUACAACAGAGACAAAGAAAGGAGGCAAAUCAGGGAAUGGGAGCAAUGGCAUGAAGAAAUGCUUGUAUUGUGGAUCAAAGUCAACGCCCAUGUGGCGUCGUGGGCCUCAGGGUGCAGGUACACUCUGCAAUGCUUGCGGCGUCAAGUGGAAACAUGGCAAGAUCCUCUGUGGCAACGAUGCACCUAGUCAAGCCAACACGACUUUGUCAUCAUCAACAUCAUCGACACAAGCCAAAGAAUCACAUCCUCGAAGGAAUAGUGGGAAAGGAGAUAAACGACGACGCAAAACAUCUUCAGCGACGAUCAAAAAGGAUAAAGCGAGGAACAAGGCAGCGCAACAAAGGAAACGUGCAAGCAUACAACAAAAGAUGGAAUCGGAUGAAGAUGACAUGAUGACGGGUGUUCAGUAUACCUUUACUUCACCAAGAGAUAUUGUUCCUGAAUCAUUCCAUCAUCCUCGUUAUCAACAACAGCAACAACAACAACGAAUGUGGGAGCCUAGCAGCAGCGUAUCAUCGUAUUCCCAUUCAUUUGAAGAAUCAUCAUGCAGCCCACCUUUGGAAUCGUUUUCCUCAUCGCCCAACUCUUCCAUUCAUGAUCCAAUGAUGGAUAAGAACUCAUCUUCCUCCUCCUCGUCAUCAUUCCCGUUAUCCGAUGCUGUUGAAGCCGCCACUGUUUUAACCUUAUUGAAACGAAGCUAG